CUUCAGUUGUAUCUUAUAAUUGAAACAAUGAAGUUCAUCGCUACUUUCGCUUUAGUGUGCUGUGUCAUAUCGACCACAUUGGCAGAACCGCAAAGGAAUGCAGAUGAACUGACGGAUCCAGCCGUGGUUUCCACGGGAGCGGCACUUUUGAGCCGUUUUUGCCGAAUUGGACCACUUGAUGCUAUUAUCGGGGUUGGAGUUGCAAAAGGAACAGCCGCCGGUUUAAAAAAAUAUAAAGAAACAAAUGAUAUGGCGCUCGCAUCACGAGCAGCAGCGGAGGAAGGUUUUUCUGGCGCUGCUGGUUUUGUAACUAAAGGAAUUGGUGCAAUUAUAACUGGGGCUGCUAUGGUAAAGGACAUCAAGGACGGAAAGGACAUUAAAGAGACAUUCAAUCAUCGAGCCAAAGAAACUAUCGAUUAUAUCAAGGCGGAAGUCAUUAACAAUCCAAAAGGCAAAGUUGCAAAUAGCUUGAUCACAGGCGCAAACGUAGCCGCGACUUGGACGGUUGGCCCGAUUCCAGCAUUUAUUGCCGCUUCGCUGGCAAAAGCGGCAGCCGAUGGUAUGCAAAAAUACAAAGAAACAAAUGAUGCAAACGAAGCAGCAAAAGAAGCGUAUAUGUCGGGAUACAACAGUGCCGCAAGAGUUAUACGUGCGUUGUGUGGUUUGGUCGCAAGUGGUACCGGUUUGGCUGAAGAUUUACAUUCCGGAAAGGAUACGUCAGUUGCGUUAAAGGAACGUGGUAGUCAAGCUUUAAAAAGUAUUCUGGGUCAGAGCAGUAAGGCGGGCACACCAAGCAGUACUAGUACUACAAAGAAUGCUUCGACCUCAAAGCCAUCUACUUCAAAAAAUGUCCCGAAUACGAAGAAGGGAGGUAAAAAGUAAAGACCUGUGCCCAAUUUAUAAUAAUUUGAAACACACUGAUUACAGCGCCACAUUAAUAUGUGACGUUUCCAUAAAUGCCCAAUGCAAAUCAAAACAUUAUAGAUUUCAUACAAAAUUUGACAAUGGUCUUUGAUUUUGUCUUUAGUUCCAGAAAUAUAUUACGUGAUUUGAUAUGUGUAUUUUUUAUAAAUAAAACUGUUUCGAAUGUUAAAUAAAUGCAAAAUAGAAUAUGGAAACGCUGA